AUGGACGCUGUUCUUCGCCAGUCCAAGGCCAUGUGCCCGUUCUUGAAAUCGGCCUCGCCUUCGACCCUUCGUGCCCUGUCCACCUCGGCACGCCCCAAGGCGUCAUCGCCAUGCGGCAGCACAAUGUCCAACCUGCAGCUGCUCGCCCACCGAUGCCCCGUCAUGGGCAAGGCUAUGGCUGUUCAAACCGCCAAGUACGGCGGUUCUGCCGCUGCUUUCCGGUCCUUCUCUGGCCAGUCCAAGGCUGGCAGGGCCAAAAUCCACACCAGCCGCAACCAGGAGGCCAGGGCCGUCGAUUCGCCCGUCCUCCAGGGACGCGACAAAGCCCCAAUCCCUCCUCCGAGCAUGUUCGCUCAGGCCCGCAAGGCGUCUCCUCUUGCCUCUACUGAUGCCUGCACCUCGGCCUCCACCUUUGACUACAAUGCCUUUUACGAUCAUGAGCUAGACAAGAAGCACAAGGACAAGUCGUACCGCUACUUCAAUAACAUCAAUCGUCUCGCCAAGGAAUUCCCCCGCGCCCACAUGUCGAACGAAGAUGAACGAGUGACUGUCUGGUGCGCAAACGACUAUCUCGGUAUGGGACGAAACCCACGAGUCCUCGAGACCAUGCACCAGACCCUGGAGGAGUACGGCGCUGGGGCUGGUGGCACCAGGAACAUUUCUGGACACAACAAGCACGCCGUUGAGCUGGAGGGAACACUGGCCAAACUGCAUGCCAAGGAGGCAGCUCUUGUCUUCAGUUCGUGCUACGUGGCCAAUGAUGCGACACUCGCAACUCUCGGGAGCAAAAUGCCCGAUUGUGUCAUUCUUUCUGACAGCCUGAACCAUGCAUCAAUGAUCCAGGGUAUCCGACAUUCCGGGACCAAGAAGAUUGUUUUCAAGCACAAUGAUGUAGCCGAUCUGGAGGCGAAGCUCGCAUCCCUGCCGCUGCAUGUGCCUAAAAUUAUCGCAUUCGAGUCCGUGUACAGCAUGUGUGGCUCAAUUGGACCAAUCGAAGCCAUCUGCGAUCUUGCUGACAAGUACGGCGCCAUUACUUUCCUUGACGAGGUGCAUGCAGUAGGUAUGUAUGGGCCACACGGGGCUGGUGUGGCGGAGCAUCUGGAUUGGGAGGCGCAUCACGAGGGAAUGCCCCGCGGCACCAUCAUGGAUCGAGUUGACAUUAUCACGGGCACCCUGGGCAAGGCGUAUGGUUGUGUUGGUGGCUACAUUGCCGGCAGUGCCAAGCUGGUCGACAUGAUCCGCUCGCUGGCUCCUGGCUUCAUCUUCACGACCUCGCUCCCUCCGGCCACAAUGGCUGGUGCAAAGGCCUCGAUUGAGUACCAGAUGGCGUACGACGGUGACCGCAAACUGCAGCAGUUGCACACCCGCGCCGUCAAGGAGGAGCUCAACAGCCGAGACAUCCCGGUCAUCCCGAACCCAUCUCACAUCGUGCCGCUCCUUGUGGGCAAUGCUGAACUAGCCAAAUCGGCCUCGGACAUGCUUCUACAGGACUAUGGCAUCUAUGUGCAGUCAAUCAAUUACCCCACCGUCCCUGUCGGCCAGGAGCGACUUAGGAUCACCCCGACACCAGGUCAUGUCAAGCUGUAUCGCGAUGAACUAGCCGAGGCACUGGAUGAGAUCUGGACCCGACUUGGAAUCAAGCGCACCUCUGAUUGGGCUGCCGAAGGUGGGUUCAUCGGGGUAGGCGAGUCAAAGGUCCAAGAGGAGUCACCUCUGUGGAACGACAAGCAACUUGGGGUCGAACAGGCCACCAAGGAGAUCAUGGCCACUGGUGGCAUCCAGAGUGUUACCGAGGCCCUUUUGGAGCGGGAUGAGCUGCGCGGGGCUGUUGGCCGUGUUGCCGCAGCCUAA